AUGGGCAAUGACGGCGGAUCCAUCCCCAAGCGCCGCGAGCUUGUCCAGAACGCAGCGCGCGCACCGACGAUUUCAGAACUCAAGGCGACGGCCCUCGAAUCUCUCGCCCAUGCGUGGGCGCACUGCGCCCUCAGCGACGCGCCCAUCGACCUGGAAGCAGUCGUUUCGGACUGGCGAGGCAGACUCUACAACUACGAAGCAGUUCUGCAGGGCUUGAUGCCUUCGGACGACCCCAACGAGGUGACACCAGCAGCCCUGGGCAUCCGCUCGCUUCGCGAUGUGGCGAAGCUGAAAUUCUCCAAGAAUGGCGACAAGUGGACUUGCCCAAUAUCCAUGAAGGAGAUGGGACCGGCAACAAAAUCCGUCUAUCUGGUACCAUGCGGCCAUGUAUUUGCAGAGGUUGCCAUCACGGAGAUCAAAGAAGAGGCCUGCCCGGAGUGUGGCGAAGCAUUUACUCAAGAGAACGUGAUUGCCAUUCUCCCAACUACUGAGAAAGACUUGGACAGGUUACAGAAGCGGAUCGAAGAUUUACAAGCAAAUGGCCUUACACACACGCUGAAGAAGGGCAAGUCAGAAAAGAAGAAGAAGCGCAAGGCUGGAGAAGCAGAAGAGGAGGCAAACGGGGAAAAGAAGGACGAGAAGUCUAAGAAGAACGAUGCUAGUCGAGCAAAGAAGGAAACAGACUCAAGGAUCAAGGGCAUCAACAACUCAAUGGCGGCGACGUUGACAGCCCGCGUCCUCGCCGAACAAGACGAGAGGAACAAACGCCGGAAGCUGGCCCAGGUGGCUUCGUGA